GCACGCUCAGCGUACAGGCAGUACAGGUGAUUUCGUUGUUGUCGUUGCGUGACUGCGCUGUACGCGUAAAAUUUCUUCGAAAAUGUUGUUUACGUAGUUCGUUCUGAUCUUCUGGACGAGUACGACGCGUUGAUUGUGGCAUCAUCGCCGUGUCGUCGCCGCGAUAUCUCCCAACUCGAGCGCUCCACGAGCGUUAGGCUUAGAUCGACAUCGUCGUUCCGAACCACCUCUUGGUCGCGUCCAAGCGUCGCAUCGUUUUAGGAGUGCUUCGCGGGAGCUGCUGGCGUCAUGCGUUGAAUGCAAAGCGCACGGUGAGCACCCUGUUCUGCCGUCAAGGAGGACACCGUGUUGAGCUGGACUGCCCGAAUGCACCAGGACCUCAGCCAUGUCGGUGCACUACAAGUUCAAGAGCAGCCUGGACUUCGACACGGUCACCUUUGAUGGCCUGCACAUCUCCGUGGGCGAACUGAAGAAGAACAUCCUUCAGCAGAAGAAGAUCGGCAAAGGGGCGGACUUCGACCUGCAGAUCACCAAUGCGCAGACCAAGGAAGUGUACACGUCCGACGACUACCUCAUCCCCAAGAACACAUCCGUGAUUGUCGCCCGUGUCCCCGUGACCACCACGGGCAGGAAGAACUGCAGCAGGGAGCGCAACCGUGACGGCGAGCACUCAGUCCCGGACACUAGUUCUCCUGGUCGUAAUUAUGAAAAGCUAGCCAAGACUGCGGAUCUGGCCAACUCCACAGCCAGCGAGGAUGACAAGAUCAAGGCCAUGAUGUCUCAGUCGUCUCAGGAGUACGACCCUUCCAAGUACGUGAAGAGCCGCAGCAUGACCGGACCCCUGCCUCCAAACUACACCUGCUUUCGGUGCGGCAAGAGUGGACACUGGAUCAAGAAUUGCCCCACCAACAAUAUUGAGGUGAAGCGAAGCACGGGCAUCCCACGCAGCUUCAUGGUGACUGUGGACGGUCCCGAUCACAAGGGGGCGCUUCUCACAAGCACGGGAGAGUUUGCCGUGCCGCUGAUUGACCACGAGGCCUACAAGGAAGUCAAGAAGGAGAAGCCUCCCUUUGUGCGGGAACCCACACCGGAGCCUGUGCAGGAGCCGCAGCUGCCCGACGAGCUGCUGUGCAUGAUCUGCCACGACCUGCUGCAAGACGCCGUGCUCAUCCCCUGCUGCGGCAACAGCUUCUGCGAUGAGUGUGUGCGCCAGGAGCUUCUGGACUCCGAGCAGCACGAGUGCCCCGUCUGCCACGAGACCGACAUAUCGCCCAACAACCUCAUCCCCAACCGCUUCCUACGCACGGCGGUGCUCAACUUCAAGAACGAGACGGGAUACACGCGCAUCCGACGUGGGCAGCUGGCGGCUGCUCCCGCUAGUGCCACCGUCGCCGCUGCUGCUAGCACCAGUGCCGCUUCGUCUCCGCGUAUUGCAGCUGGCGUCGAAGGAUCGGCCACCCCACCACCUGCGUCACAGCAGCCCGAAGAACCGGAUGCGGACAAGCCAGCGGAGUCACCUGCAAAGAAGGUCCCGGCAAGCGACGCGGAAGAGGGAACGGCCGUAGAAGAGGCCGGCGAUGGCGCUACGUUGGAAGUGGCAGGAGCGGCCAAUUUGGACGACACGAGCCGAAGCCCGGCCAUCGGCACGCCUAGCGAGAACCCACCGGGAACUCCUCUCGCGGAUGAGAAUCCCGAAGAGCCCGCGGGGCCCAGCCUGGACGAGGCUUUGACCAUGUCGCCCCAACACCGGUCCCACGACGAGAGCUCACCGUCGCGCACACUCCAGACGGGCGGCAGCCCGUCGUCUCUCGGGAACGGCGAGGAGAGCGUGUGCGCCAUUCGCACUAUCACAACGCGUGUGCCAUCGUACACUGGACCGAUCGCGAUGCCGGGACGUUCAAACCGGGACUCUCCCAUGGAUCAUCAUCCCAGGGGACCAUCUGGGCGAGGGUUGUUCUCCCACCACGGAAGAUGGUUGUCUCCGCAUUCUCUACCGCCGCUAACCCAACAAGCUCAAUUAUGCUCGCUCCAUCGUUCAAGCCGACACGGAGACUACGGACACCAUCGGUCACGUCACGACUAUGGUCCAGGUGGCAGUCUCCGAUCAGGCAGCGACUACCGCUCGGGUGGCUACCCCCCGUACGGCGGAGGCGGUGGAGGGAUGAGUGGAGGCAACGGCGGAGGCAACUACCCUCCGCCCCCGUUGCACCUGCCCCCACCUCCUCAGGGGCACCACCUGGCACCCCCCAACCUGCCGCCACCUCCUUUCCCUGGACAGGCACCACCCCCUGGUUUGACUGGGAUGAACGUAGUGCCUCCACAUUUCUCCGUGCCACCGGGAGCUGGCUACAUCCCACCGGCCAAGCCAUUUGGACCGGGAGAGGACUACCACGGCAGGAGGAGCCGCAGUCGGCGUGCGGGCGACCCCCUGGAGGAGUUUGAAAAGCACCUGCGUGACCUGCACCGCAACCGGCAUCGCGAGCGGCGGGAACGGCGCAGUGGCCGCUCGCACUCCAAGACGCGGUCCCGCUCCCGCUCGUCGUCCUACGGCCGGUCGCGCUCCAAGUCGCGCGGGGGCCGCAGCAGCGCUGCCUCCCGGUCCUGUUCGCCCCGCUCGCCCCACUCGCGCUACAGUGGCAGUUCACGAUCCUACACGCCACACUCCAGGUCAUACACGCCGAGGUCACGGUCGAGGUCCUUCUCGAGGUCCAGGUCCAGGUCACGGUCACCUACAAGGCACCGCCGGUCCAGGUCGCCGCGGAGCCCCGGGGGCAGUGACGGACGCCGGCGGGCGGGAUCGAAGAGCCCUCAUGGACGGCGCUCACGAAGCGGAAGCUACAGGUCGCGCUCCCGGUCUCCCAGCCGAUCCACACGGCGCACCCGGCAUCACUACCACAGCGGCAGCCACGGAAGUGGACGCGCGUAUCGCCGCUCACGCACCCCUCGCUCACCCCGAUCCUAUCACCACCACCCACUACCGCCGCCUCUACCCCACCACUUGGGACCCCCCCCGCCUCACAGCUACCGAGGCCGCUCGCCGUCGUUUCGUGCGGCUCGGCGGGGCUUCUACGGCGGACCACCCGGCGGCUAUCCGCACCACCCCGGCUACCCGCACCACCCUUCCGAGCACAUGGUGCCACCCGUCGAGUUCGACGGCCGUGGAGGGCACUAUUAUCCGCCGCACCACCACCGCGAUGGCGUGCCUGGUCCCUACCGUGGCUACCCUCCUGGCUACCCUCCGGGGGCACUACCUCCUCCGUCUCACCGAGGGGACGGCCGCGGGAGCGAUCGCUACGAGGGCGGUGUACCGCCCGGUCCGAUGGGGAUGCCUGCCCGAGCGUACCACGGCGAUCCCGGGAGCAGGAGAGAAAGGUCGCGAGAUUAUGCGCCCCCACCGGAAGUGGGUUCGGAGCGAUCGCCCAAGAGCAGCCGGGAGAGCCGUUCCCGCGAACGUCGCCGGCAUGCAGAGGCCAUCACGACACCCCUGGUUGUUUCAAGAGAGGAAGGCAAGGAUGGUGCACGCCUGGAGGCUGAAGGCACUGUCAAGAGCCGCAAGAGGUCCAAGGAUAAGGAGGAGAAACUGCUUCGACACAAGCACCAUCACAAGUCCAAGGAGUCUAGAAAAGAGUCAAAAGAAGCAGCGGCAGCCAUUCAGGAGGGUGUUGUCAAGAAGUCAUCUAAAACGUCGCUGACAGCUCCUCCAGAUGGAGAAAAGCAGGCCACCGAAACUAGAGCGGAAGAGUCAUCCGCCUCUUCGAAAAAAGAGGUGGCCAAGAUAUCUCGGGAAGCUGUGAAGGCCGAAGGCGAGGAGACUCUUUCGGAAAGUGCUGUGGUAGUUGUCAAGGAACGCAAGCACAAGCACAAGAAGAAGCUGAAGCAGGAAGAGGCACUGAGAAAGAUGGCAGCCAAGAUGGCUUCCCGCACGUCGGACGACUCCAGCCAGCAGCUGCCCGGUACCGACGAGGAGCCACUCAAGCGCAAAAAGAAGAAAAAGAAGCUGCGGGAGGCAAGGCUGUUGAUGAAGUCGCUGCCGCUGACAUCUUCGGAUCUGCUCCGUGAGCAGUCCAUGGUGGCUUUUUUGACGGCAGAGCUCGAGCAAGGGGUCCCAGAUGCUGCCCGACUGUCCAUGAUAGAGGAACAGCUGGAACUGGCAAAGAAGAAGUUGCUGAGCGAUGAGACAGAGGAGACCAAGGGCGAGGUGGCAACGCCGGAGGAAACCAGAGCGCAUGCGGGAGCAACACAGGGCACUGUCGACACAAUCUGGGACAAGACCGAGCUCGAGCAGGAGUCAAAGGAAAACGUCGUGGCACCCAAGGAGGAGGAAAACGUGCUUCAGGUGGAAGUGCCCGAGCUCUCCAAAUGGGAGAGAGAAGAACUCGAAGGAGAGGAGUCUCCACUGCCGCCGAGCGAGCCGAUCGAGGAGGCCAAGGAAACCAAACCCGUGGUGUCUUCAGAAGUGCUUCAGCGGGCUGAGAACGUGCUGCUUCACAAGCCGCGGAAGAAGGCCAUGGUGGCCGUUGCGGCGGCCACUGCCGCACUCGCCAGGCCGGCGACUGCACCGGAGCCAAAGAAACUGCCGUCAAAAGUGGCUUCGCCAGACGACUCUCGGCCAGUGCCGGCAGAAGAGUCCUCGUCACAGUCCAGCGUACGCGAAGUGAAAGAAGGCUGGAGGGACUCAUCGGUGCCACUGAGGCUGAGAGACAGGCUGGACGGCACCUUGCAAGUCACCAUAACUGCCUCAUCGGAGAAAGAAAGGCGAUCGGUCACUACGUCCGAUAAAGAACAGCGAGGAAGCUCGUCAGAAGGCACGCAGCAGACCAAGAGGAUCAAGCUCGAUAGGUCCAAGUUUGGGGAGAAGCACAGCCGUCGCGAAGGUGGGGAGGCGAGCGAUGGCGCAAAACCUUCGAAAUCAAGCAGUCGUCGUGACGAUCGUAGCGGUGGCAGGAUGGACGACCGUGCUCCCUCGGAACACGACCGGCGAUUCCCACCUGACGACAUCAGGUCGAGGCUGGAAGACCGCCGAGCAUUGGAGGCAGGGGGCCAUAGUCGAGUGCUUCCGCCUGCCAGGAGCGACCGUGACCUUUCCAGAUCUUCAAGGUCCGGAAGGCCUCGGGAGAAAGAGUCAUCUCACCGGUCGAGUAGCCGAGAUGUGCAUUCCGAUGAACGAAGACGCCACAAGGAAGAGCGGUACUAUGCUGCCAUGAUGGAGGAGCGAGCCAGGAGAGCAUACGAGGAGGCCCAUUACAAACGAAUGGAGGUUGAGAUGUCGCACAGCAGGCGCAAGGCACCGGACGAGCAUCGCUCCCGUCACGCAGCUGAAGAUGUCGAGCGGCUCCGAAUGCAUGAAAGACGUGGGGAAGCUCCACGCUUGCGGAGUAAAAGUGCGGACCGGGGCAGUGGCGAGGACCACCACCGGUCUCGAAGGGGUGACUGGUCUGGCGAGCAAACGGCCACAACAGGCUCUGUGGUGUCCCAGCCACCACAGCGAUCAAGAAGCAAGGAUAGAAGUGAACGCUCGCCGCGUCACCAGCGGCACCACAAGGAGAAGACGUCGCACGUUGCAGUGUCCUCUACGGCGAGUGUGUCGGCAGCUGGAGGCAGCGCCGCUAGUGACCAGGAGAUCCGAGCGACGUCAUCGACAGCUGCAAAGCAGACUGAAAAGAAGUUGUCCCCGACGUCGCCAUCCCUGGAGACACUGCGGCAUCGGAAGGAGUCAACACAGGACGAGUCGCGCUUCGAGCCCGACUACGAUGAGAUGAUUGAGGACGAGCCAGGUUCAGGUGGCACCGCCGACCCUACCCUGUCACAGGGGGCCAGGGGCGGUAGUACCAAGCGCAGGGCAGUCGCAGUCAUCGAAACGCUAGCCGGUAAGAAGUCGCGGCUGGCCGAAGAGGAGGCGUUGGCACCCGUAAAGCCGAGUGCGAGCCCGGCUACAUCGACAACGGCUCCGGCAGUGUCUGCCGUGGUGGCACUGGCCGCUCCGGCAGUGUCGGCAGACGACGACCGGAGCAGCAGCUCCUCGUCGGACUCGAGCGACGACGAAGUCACCUCACACAAGAAGCACAAGAAGAAGCACAAGAAACAUAAGAAACACAAGCACAAGCACAAGAAGAAGAAGAAGUCCAAGAAGGCUGAGAAGUCCGACUAGGAGACACCGAGUGCUUCAUUUCUUGCAUUGCUCAUUCCCCCCCUCCUCCCCCGCCUCCCAUUUUACUCAUCGUCAUCUGUGUUUAUAGUUCUCUUUUGUUUCCUCAACUAUUGUUAGCUCACUGAGGAGCCCUUGGCUGUCCUUGCGUUCUUAGUACCUCAGAGAGGACAUUGUACUUCCCAUCCUUCAUAUUGUAGGCCUUUUCGCAAGGCAUUUGCCGAAAUGGUGUCUAGGGCAUUCAAAACUGUAUUUGCUCAUUUGAAUACCUUAAAAACAGACUACUUUACUGUUAAGUACUUGUUAAAUCAUUGUGGGCCCCCGAUUGAGUUGGGUACAUUGUAACUCUUCUGAAUUGCAAGUGUUGUUCCGGGUGUCACUAUCGCUACCGGUGUGAGCAUAAAUAAGCGUGCUCUGAGCGAUGACUGGUGGCUCAUAGCCAAGGCAAUGCAUGUCAGUUUUUCUGAAUGGUAUGAAUUGUGCUACAGAAAAAGUAUGGUCGAAUGCAAGGUCAGGAUAGAUAAGGCCCAACGUUAUCUAGUGUUGCUAUCCCAAACUUAGAUUGCAAUCGCCAGUGCGACUUUCGUAGUUAGCCGUCUUUUGGUCUCGUACUUUCCUCUAUGAUGCAUGUGCACUAAGUCUGCUGUUUGAACGUGAGCCGACAAGUGUGUUGGCCUUUUUUUUUUUUCUUUUUAGUCUGCGAUCAUGAGGGCCUGGAGCCCUGUGUCUAGUGAUGGCUUGACACAGCAAUUUGUAAAUUUGUCUCAACAGGCCACUCAAUCAAGUGUGUGCGUCCUCCGCUGUGUCUUGCUAAUUGACCAAAUAUGGGCGGCUGUGUUUUUUUUUCGUCUCUGCAGUGACACAGUGCAUCUUUCAGGACCCUGUGUACCGUCUGUAAAUAGUACUGUUGUGUAUGAAAUAAAAAAAAAUAGAGCUUAUUUUUAAGA